UCUCCGAAAAAAUACCAAUUUUCGUACAAGAAUCAAUGGUGUCCUACAUGAUGAAUUUGUUACUCAGGAUUUUUUCGGGAUUUCAUGUGUAGUUUGUGAUAAUAGGUGGGGGUAAAGUAUUUCACAAGGUAAUAUUGUUUUCGAAUUAGUGAAAGACGUGUACAGAAGCGCCAAAAUGGGCGAGAGAAGUGAACGAACGGGGCACCAAGUUGUCCAUGUUCGCGAAAACAGCGACCAUGAACUUGAGGCAAUGUUUAAAUUAGCACUAAAUCCCAACUCACAAGUGACUCCAACCAUUCCAUUCCGGGACAGAAACUUGCCUCCGUCGUUUUUCACGCCACCAAAGCCACAGAAACAAGCUGUUCAUAGUCGCGAGGGCAGUGCUGACAGUACAGGAUACACAAACUCAAACCACACUGGGGUUCGAACUAGUAUGCCCCCCACGGUGAUUCAUGGACGGACUCAAUCCUCGCCUGCAAUGCUGCAGGCAACACAGUUUAGUGCACUACCCCCACCGCAGCAUCAACGCCAGCGCUCCUGUGAUCUUAUUUUAGAAGAGCAACCCUUGCCCUCAGGAUGGGAAAUGGCCAAAACUCCUCAAGGACAAGUUUACUUUUUAAACCAUGCAACUCAGAAGACAACAUGGCAGGACCCCAGAAAAGCGGGCUUCAAUCUGUCAGGCUCUAUGGGAGGGUCUACGCCACCCCAGUCCCAGGUUUCACCAAAUGUUUCCAUGCAGAACUUGCAGCAGAUACAGAACCUGCCAAUGCCGGAGGGCUGGGAGCAAGCAGUGACGCCCGAGGGGGAGGUUUACUACAUCAACCAUAUGGACCGAUCCACAAGUUGGUUCGACCCUAGAUUACCUAUGCAUAUGCAGCGCUUGAACGUUCGACCCCAAGGGAGUCCGGGACUACCAAUGGGAGUGGGUCAGGUGCGCUCUGGGGGUCCACCCAACCUUGGCCAGCCACCAAACAUCCAACAGACCGCCCUCCAGAAACUGCAAGAAGAAAAAGAGUUGCUACGGAAACGACAGGAGGAACUGAACAGACAGGUACUGGAGACAAAUGAAAUGGCGCUGCGUAACUCUAAUGUGAUGAAUCCAUCAGUUGAUCCAUCAAGCGAGCUUACGCAGAUUGGCGAUCCAUUCCUGGGGCAAAAUACAGGGGAUCCGCACGUACGACAGGGCAGCACAGACUCCGGACUAGGGGGCAUGGGCAGUGGUAGCAGCUUCAUGUCGCGGACUCCGGAAGAAUUCCUGAGUAACGUUAGCGAAAUGGAGGCUCAAGAUGGAAGCCACCGUCAAGGGGACUUUAACAAUAUGGACAUGGGAAGUAUCGACAAUGAACACAGCAACAUGGACAGUGACGAUCUUGUACCCAGCUUACAGCCGGACGACAUUAGCAAUGAGUUGCUGAACGAUGUGGAGACCGUUCUCAACAACAAGAUGGACGACAGCCUUCUCACCUGGUUGUGAGGUCAAGGUUGUUGCCAUAGCAACAGGACCUUUGGAUGACCUCGGACAUUACAGUGCAUCACCUAGCAACCAGUGUGUACAUAAUGUUAUAUAGCAACAUGUUAUAAAACAUGGAAGGUUUUUGUGAAUUUUAAAUUGUACAGAGAGGAAAUCAGGAUUGUUUUUUGAGAUUAUAAAGAUAGUUUGUACAGAUAGGUUAAAAACAAUAACAUUCUUGAAAAGUUUUACAAGUUAGUAUGACCUCGAUUUUGUACAUCAAAAAUUUCAUCACAAUUCUGGCAUUGAAAGAAUAGUAGAAGUUUUAAAGGGCAUGAAGGCUGAAUUUAUCAUUAAUGAGUAUUAAUACUUCACAGUAGCCAAAGUUUUGCCAACAUGUAUAGAAAAUGUCAUGUAUGAACAAAAUGUUGCUGAAACCUUGCUGUGAAAUGGUUUGUCGUCCAUAAAACUGUAACAGACCACUGUGUAUGUGAAACAGUGGUGGAAAUGAAGAAGGCUGAUCAACUCGGAAUACAAGCAACUUCGGAAAAGAAUCUACUGAGUUGGAUUGGCGUUAAUGUGUGGUCUUUUGAAAUUCCAUAAGGGAGUUCUUAUACUCUUUGGUUUAUUUUUAUUUUUUUGGACAGAUAAACCUUAUCCAAAAGAUAAUUAAAAAAUUUCUUGGAAACUGACUAAUAAUUUCGCAUCCUUGCAAAGAAACUCAGGCUUUCUUGCAUUAAGUAAGAAACAUUUGGUAAUAAUAACCUAAGUAUUGUUGUACCAAAGUAUUUAAAGGUGAAAAUUACUAAGGAUUAGCUAGAUAUUUAGAGUUCUUGGAUUAGGUAAGAACUUCUUCGCCCUUAUGGAAUUAUAUUCACAUUUAACCACACAGACUGUCCAUGUUACGCUCCUCGUAAAAGAAAAUUAUGUAACUCGAAGUAUGUAAUUUAGAUUAUCAUAUAAACUGUGUAUGUUCAGGGAAGCUCAUAUUAUAAUGAUAUAUAAAUAUAAUAAAACUGUGUGCAUCAGAGUAUAUUUUGUAAUUGAAAAGAAGAAAAUUACAAAAAAAUACAAAUACCAUUAUAUAUAGAGAUGUGAUUACUAUUCUACCAUAAGCUCAUUAUGUAUGUAAAUUUUAUUCAUUCAUAUUCAUUUUAUUAUGUGACAUUUUAUUCAUGAGUGCAUAUUAUUAUGUAUGUAAAUUUUGUACAAAUAUUUUAUAUCAAACGUUAAAUAUAUUUCUUGUUGAAGUCAUAUAUCAUAAUGAAUUUGUUGAGGUGGUGUGUAACCUUCUGAUAAAAGAAGUUAUUGCAAAUUAAUAUCAAACUAAAUAGGUUACUGUGUUAGUUCAUUCAAAUUGACAAAUGAAAUAUUUUCAUAUUGAUUAAUGGAAUUUUAUUCAAAUUAUGGGCUAUAACAAGAAAUAUAUCUGUCAUUGCCUUUAGUGAUGAUAUAUUCGUCUGAACAUGAGCCAUGUGCAAUGUCAUUUUUCAUACUGAUGUAAUAUUUAUGUGAUAAAUUUUCUACGCUUUCGAUGGCUGUUCUUAUGUCUUAUUUCACUAACUCUUUGUUCAAUAAAGAAUCAGACUUGAACUGUUUCGCUAAAAAAAGUGAAUUAAAAUUUUCUUGAGUUAGUAAAGCAAAGAUUUUGAAAAUUUAAUACCAUGUUUUACAUGUUAGCUGCUAAGGUAUUAAACAUUUAAGUGGACUAAAAUACUAUAGCUUUAUAAACAAAAUGCUUUUUUCGUAACAUUUAUAGUAUCGGAGCUAUGUGUAGUUAUUGCUUUUUCACUAAACUUAUUUUAUCUGCUUUUCAAAAUAUGCAUUUAAGCCACUUUUUAUAACCAGGUUGUCCUUGUAUACUGAUAAAUUGUGAAUGAAACCAGGUUAUAGCAUAUGUUUUUCUUAAAGAGGUUGAUAAGAUUUUAACUCGUAAAAAUUAGACUUUAUUUGUUUAUUACUAUGCAUUCAAUGUUAACCCAGUAAUGGUUGCCAUAUUUUAAUAUUGUGUUGUGUCUUUUACAAGUAAAUUUUGAUAAAUAACCAGACUAAUGAAAUAUGUGCCUUUUGCAAGACAACGGUCAUCAAGGUAAUUUUUUUUUGUACUAGUCCGAAUACGAAAGCUGUUUGCCUUGAAGUUAAAAACGUCCAGAUUUACACCAAUUAUUUCAUCAUGUCUUUUCACAAACUACAGUAUGCUUUUUUUCUGUAUGCUUAAUUAUUAAGAAUCACUAUAUAUUAAAAUGUGACUAUGCAUUUUGCUGAAUGUUGUAAAACCCCUUUUUGAUGUUGUCGACGAUGAAGAGAAAAGUCUAUUUUUGUACUACAUUUGCUAUUUUUUUCAAGAAAUUAAUUGACUCAAUUGUCACCCACCAUAUCAUUCCAAAGGGACUUUCUACUCUUGAAUGUUGAAAUAACUUUCAAUUGCGAAAUUCAAGCAUCAUUGAAUGAUGUAUUAAGACCAGUGAAAGAUUCUACAAUUUACAUAGCUGUAUUUGAGAUAUCUUCGCAUAAAGAUGCAACUUCAAAACAAACGAAAACAGUUGUUGCGAAUCUUGUUACGUUGUGAGAAAUUUCUCAAAUUAAAUGUAUUUAAAUUCAGUGGAUGCCUAUUUUUGAUGUAAAAUUUCAAGUAUUAGCCAGGCCUUAUUCAAAUAGGCAACUUUAGAGACCAAAAAAUGUCAUGAUUGAUAGAAUUUAAAAGAAAAGCAAAAAAUUUAGACCAAUAGUCUACACAUGAAUUCAUGAAUUAUUUAAACAUUCAAGAGAUGAAAGUCCCAUAUCCGUGUCAGCGGAACCUUUGAUCAGGAGAAAGAGAAUUUUAUUUUUAUUACAAGUCAUUUUUCUAUUCUUAAAUGUUUUUGUACGUUGUUAAAUUCAUUUUGUAUUGAUUUCCCUGAUUGACACCUUUGAGAGGUGGUGUGUUUGUAUUUUAUGCAUAAUUAUAUUUUUCGAAUUUGCAGAAAUUUUAGUUUCUGAUGGAAAAGAGGAGUUACUGAAAUGUUGACCUUAUUUUGAAGAGUAUUUUCCCUUGGUACUCUUCAAUUGAAGAGCACAUAUUGUAUAUGGAGCUCUUCUUAAAGGAAAUUACAUAAGGUCUACAUCCCAUGUCCAUAAUGUAAAAGUUCUUUUACAUUUAAUCAAGGGAAACACAAAUGAAUUCUUGCUGGAAACUGUGUGUUUCCCAACUUUUUUAUUGAGCUGACUUAAAUUUUUACUGUGACUUUUCCGCUUUUGACUAGCUUUCAAAUGUAGUGUUUCUUUCUUUCGUUUUUGCAGAAAGCUACAUUUUGGCAGGUGACACUGUUUCCAUGCAUAGUAUUGUUCCAGUGUCAUCUGGCUUCAGGGUAGUCCGGUUUCCUUGACUUUAGAGAAGUUUUCUAAUAGGCUUAAUGGUUAUAUGUAAGAUAUGACAUUGAUCUAGACGAGGACUGUUUGAUAAUGAGUGAUGAAUGCAGUACAGCAUUUUAUUGUUAAACAUUUUCAGGUGUUUCUUACAUUUUAACACUCACUGCAUAUAGAGAACAAGUACUGUAGGGUUAUAGCCAGGUUUUCAAAAGGGCAGGGGGCUGCAGAAAAGGGACAGGGUCUAAGGCACAUUUUAUUAAUCUUAUGAAAUUGACAAAAGCAAUAAAAAUGCUUUUAAUUGAAGUAAUUUUUAGUUUCAACUGCAUAAUGUAUUAAGUUUGUUUGUAUUUAUAAUAUUGUCAUAAGCUUUUAAACAAAAUUUGAAUAUCUAAAGCAUUCAACUCGAAGAAGGCUGGUGGAUAUGCUGGUCUCCAUAAAGGCAGAGGGGUGCUUUACCAAAAAACAGCAUGAUGCAGAACCCUUCAAUAUCUCCCGCUAAAACCAUGAAUCUGCAGUAUGUUCCCUGAUAGAUCAUUGGCAUAUUGUACAUAUUGCAAAAUUGCAUUAAACUUCUAAAGCUGUCAUUCCUGUUAAUGAAAAAGGAUAUUUUAACGCAUAUGUUAGCCCCCGAUGUCUUGAAUUGUACAUUUUCUAUGGUAGCAUUAUUUUUGUGUGGUUUACACCUGUAGUAGUUUACACAUAUUAAAGAAAAAUGCCAAUAAAAAGAAGAAAAGUUAUAAUUAAGAAAAAUUGUAUGCACAUACUGGAUAGUUUUACAUACUUUACACUUACUUAUCAUAUAACGGGAGUUGCAUCAUGGGAAAUAUUGAAUUGUCCUUACGAUUUGAGAAUGAACAAGUAAAGCAUGAGAGUUGUUUGUCAAGUUAAACAAUGUUUGGCACUCAACAACUGCUUUAUGUAAAGAGUAGCACUCCACAAGUGCUUUGUGUAAAGAGUAGCACUCAACAACUGCAUUGAGUUUUGGAGGUGGAAUGCUUCUCAUGAUGUGACAGUAUGUUUGUCUAUAUUUACCCAGUACCAGCUGCUUAGUAUUUACAUUUUUUUAAGUUUAGAUCACUGUUUAAAAGGAGUUAUAGCUAGUGUCAAUGGUUUGCUUGGUGUAAGACAUGUUUAGUCUCAGAAUUGCCAGUCUUUGUGCUUUAGAUGUUAAAUAUUAGUUUAGUUAGAUGGUCAGGUUAGCGCAGUGUUUAGUGCACUCGCUACUCACCAAAGCAACCCAUGUUCGAUUCCCAGCCUUGGCACAUGUGAGUUUGGUUGGUGGUUACCAUGGCCGACAAUUGUAUUUUUCCUCACAACACAAGACCACUGUGCCAAGGAGAGUUACUUAGAAUAAGUGAAUAUGACUUUUUUCUUAAUUGCUGUUAAAUAAAUCAAGUUUUAAAUGAAUGCUCUUUGCUGGGUUUCAAUAGUAAUAAAGCUGUUAAAUGAAUGCUUAGAUCCUAUUAUGUUAUCAACAGUAAAUUAAAAUAUUUAUUUUAAAAUGUCAUAAGUAACUGGUACUGGGGAUUUACUAGCCAAGGAUAAUGUAGAAUCUUUAUUCUGUAUAAAAUAUGUUAAUGGUUAAAGAAUUAAAUAGUAAAUUUGGUAUAUUAUAUAAGAGUUAUAGAAAAAUAUAGAAGAAGAUGGAUUAUUGUCAUGUAAGAUAUGUUUGAGUUAUGUUUAUAUGGAAUUCUUUAAGAUUAACCUUAUUCUGGCAAUUAUUGUGUAUGUUGCAUACUAAUUUGAAGAUGAUAUAUUAGGAUGUUUCUGCCAAGGAAACAACCUAUUAUGACCAGAUUUGAAUGAACAAAAACCAUUAUACCAUUUAAGAGAUUACGAAGUGUUGCUGUAAUUAUAAUAAAUAUAUAUAAUAGAUAUAUAAUUAUAAUAAUAUCAAAAUGUAAUGUUAAAAUUGAAGGAAGACUGUUUUACAAAUGUAAUUCAAAGAUAUUAGGUCUCAAGUAUGCUGGCCUGGUGUUAAACGAUUGGACACCAACAAAACAAGAAUUGUUAACACCAUGGCUGAAAUAUUUAUUGUGUUACCACAAUUGUCUUGGGUAAUGUUUUUGAAUUCCAUAUAACGUAAAGUUCAGAAAAAAUGUUAGUAUUUCAAAGUUUAAAUAGAUUUUACAUAUCUAUGUAUAUAUUACAGGUUUUUAAAUUAGAAAGAUAAGUCAGUUUAAGACAGGUAAACGUGUGUUGGAAUUUUUUUAUUAAGGCUCCUUUAGCAUUCAGUUUUUCAGUUGAUACCAGUUAUUGUGAUUUUGUUACAUCAGAAAAAAAUGAAUUAUAACUGUACAGUUAUUACCAUUUUGUUAUUAAACGAUUUAUUUCAUCUAUUCUUUCUAGAUUUCAUAUACUUUUCUGUGUAGUGUCUCUUUAUUCAUUAUUAAGUGCUAGAAAACAUAUGUUGUGUGAUUUUAUAUUAUGUUUGUGAUAUAAAUACUAUAAUACCCCUAAAAGUAUAUAUAUGUUUUAUAUUUUAGUUUAUCUUAUCACCAAACCCUUGACUCUUGAAGCUAUAUGCUUUCAUGUUGCCAUUCUUAUAGACAAUUGUCAUUUUCUCUUUCAUUGUUAGAACCCUAUACUAUUAUGCCAUUUAGUUUGCUAUAUAUUACGCCUGUCUUUUACCCUUAAGACGAAAAUCAAAUCACAUCUUGUAGAAAUCAUUUAUUUUCCACACUUAUUUGGUAGAUCUAGCAGACAAUUGCAAGACUGAUGUCUGAAAGGAUAAGUUAGAAAGAACAUGAGGAGAAUGGGCUAUGUUACCUUGAUAUAUUGCAAUCUAUUAAACAGGUCGGACUUCAACUGGCAGCCAGUAUUUAUGCUAGAUACCUACUAGAUUUAAAGGAAAAUAAAUUAUUUCUUACGUUCUUAACGCCAUUGUUAUAUAUAGCACAGAAACUGAAAAUACACAAAAUGGCAGUUUCAUUCUUGGUUCGAUUAUGGAAUUAUGAGAAUUUAGAUCUCAAAACUUUUCACAUUAUGUCAGCCCAAAGUGGGAUGAAAAUGUAAAUACGAAUAAAAAAUAAAAAAAAAAAUGAAAAA